AUGGGGAUGCUGCCGGGGCUCGAGAAAGAAGAAAUCUUUGGCAAGGAUCUGAGUGGCCUGACCCUGGCUAGAGUGGUGGAGCUGGCCGAGAACAUACGAUGCGCGCGAGCGGGAGCCACCUGCGCAGCCGCUGCGACCAGCGUCGUCGUCGCCGCGCCUACAGAAGUAUUGUGUAAAACAGGACAGCCGAACAAAAGUGAACUAAGCGUGAGGCACCUCCGACGUAUGUGCAAGAAGGUGAACCUGGUGACGUCAGCCGUGACGAGGGGAACGGACGAGAACGAUGACGAUGGUGAGUUGUAUCAUAUCCGUUCUUUUAGGGGCGAACCUAUGGUGGAGUGCGUUAGGUUAAACGGGGCGCGACCUAUUGCAUUCGCUCUAAGGGAAAAAGUUACCGAUGAGCUAAAUAGGUUAGUCGAUCUAGGUGUCCUAAAACCGGUCGACUAUUCCGAGUAUGCGUCCCCUAUAGUACCAGUUUUAAAAAGAAAUGGCUCCGUGAGAAUAUGCGCCGACUACUCGCUGUGUCUCGAUGAGGAGUCGCAGAAGUUGACGUGCAUAAACACGCACCGGGGGCUGUAUCAGUAUACGCGACUCGUAUUCGGUUUGUCCUCGGCCCCGGCGAUAUUCCAGCGCGCCAUGGAAACCGUGUUGGCGGGUUUAGACGGGGUGUUGUGUCUCCUCGAUGAUAUCUUAAUUACAGGGCUGGCUAAUUACUAUAGGAAUUUUGUACCCGGUGCAUCAAUGAUGUUAAGUCCAUUGUACGAGCUACUGAAAAAGAAUACUAAAUGGAAGUGGACGAAGAUUCACUCAGAUGCCUUCUUAGCUAUAAAGAAAUGUCUAGCGUCGGAUUCGGUUUUGGCUCAUUUUAACCAAAAGGCCAAACUUAUCUUAACGGUCGACGCGUCCCCCACCGGCCUCGGGGCAAUAUUGUCGCAAGUGGGGGACGACGGCGUCGAGAGACCUGUCUCUUUUGCGUCGCGCACGCUAACGCCCGCUGAACAUAGCGCCGAUAAUACCGCAGAUUAUCUGUCGCGCGCGAGUCUGCCGGGGGCGGGGGAGCGCGGCGCGAGAACCACAGAGGCGGGGCGCGCGUCGUGCGCAGACGCCGCCGCGGCGCUGUGCGAUAGGGCCGCAUACGUCUGUUUCGUCGUGGACGGAACGUUGCCUAUGACCGUCAGCGAAUUACGUCACGAAACAGCUAAAGAUGUUAUUUUGUCCCGUGUCAUGAAUCAUGUUUUAAACGGCUGGCCGAACAAAGUAGUCGAUUUAAAGUUGAAGCCGUAUUUUUUGUGUCGAAAUCAAUUAUCGGUAGAAAACGGCUGCUUAAUGAGAGGGCACAAGGUUAUUAUUCCAAGCUCACUACGUAAAAGAGUAAUGGACGAAUUACAUACGUCCCAUUUAGGUGUAGUAAAAACCAAGGCCGAUGCGAGGUCGAGAUUUUGGUUCCCGGGCGUCGAUGAAGCGAUUGAAAACUUUAUCGGGUCGUGCGAGGUGUGCACCCGGCUGAGGCCGUCACCGCCGCGGGCGAAGCUGGUGCCGUGGAGGUUCCCUCCUCAGCCAUUUUACAGAGUGCACAUCGACUUUUUAGGACCCUUGAACGGUCGUACGUAUUUGGUCGUCGUAGACUCGUACACCAAAUGGGUCGAGGUAUACGACAUGAAUGCGAACACAACGUCGUGUGCAGUAGUUGAGCGGUUGUACGAGUACAUUGCGCGUUAUGGGUUACCGAAAACGAUAGUGAGCGACAACGGGCCCUCCUUUGCCUCGCAAGAAUUUUCAAGGUUUUGCGCAGGCAAUGGGAUCAGUCAUCUUACUACACCGGCGUACCAUCCGGCUAGCAACGGCCAGGCAGAAAGUUCGGUAAAGGUUGUAAAAAAGGGUAUUAGAAGCAGCAUCAUGUCUAGUCGUACAGCGAAGGAAUGUAAGUUACGUCUCCUAAAGUUCUUGUUCGAUUAUCGGAACUCGAUUCAUUCCACCACAGGUUUCUCCCCGGCUGAACUUGUAUACGGAUGUAAACUCAGGUCGCGGUUGGAUCUAAUUAAUCCCAAAGAGCCGUCGUCCUCGUUCAGCGCCCUUGCCGAUGUUGUGCAUGAUAGGCAGCAGGCACAGAUCGUAGCCCAUGGUGGGAAAAAUAAAAUUUCCUUUUCCCCAGGUGAACAGGAUAAUGCUACUUUAGUUACCACUAAAAAACACAAAAAUCAAUUGUGGUUAUGCAAAGCAGACGUUACUGCUACUAAUGUAAACUCGCGGGAUGUUGACGAUGAUGAUGAUGAAAUUGUAGUGAGUAUCCCAACAUCGCCAACAUCCUCCGGACAGCCAGGAGUCGCACAGGGCAUUAGUGAUGGAGAACAGCCUGAGGGGGAAGGUGAGGAGGCGUGCUCGCCGCCGCACACACCGCUUAUCAACCAUCCUAAUGUCACAGUGGCUAGGGGUGUUAGGCGCCCUGCGCAGUCCGAAGAGGAUGAUUGUUAG